UACGCCCAUGGACACCGGUCCUCAGGAAAUGGCAAAUGACAAAAGACCAGUAAGUGCUCAUGUACCUUGCAAUCCAACUUUUGGGGAAUCACAAAGAAAUAAUGAAUUCUUAACUUCAUCAACGUCUUCAUGUCAUAACAGUGUACAAACUACAGUAGUGAAGCAGUAUGUGAAUAAAGUCAUCACAUCUUCUUCCCACUUACAUAAUUUUCCAAGAAAAUUUAUUUCCCCCUAUGCAAAAACGGCAAUUAAAAAUACUGACAGAAAGAAAAUCUGUAGACAGCCUCUGUUUGGCCCUAAUAUUCAUCUGCAAUCGACUGUGAUAUCAAGAAGGUCAGGACUUCAAGAUUGUUCCACACAUCAAACAAAAUCAGUUCAGAACAGUGAUAGAAUAUCAGACCUAGGCAGCUACAAAUCAAACAGUACAAACAAUUUCUGCCUUAUAUCACCAUCCAAAAGAAACAGACCUGUCAGUGCUCCAGCAGGUCAGCUAAGAUGUACACAGUUCUCUUCCUCAAGACUCCAGCUGGCCCAGAAAGAAUCUGAAGUGCCCCAAGUUAUUAAAUGUCAGCCAAGGGUAAUCAAAGUAACGGCUUACAAGAAUGGCACAAGAAGUAUCUUUGCUAAAAUUGCUGUACCAUCCAUUAAACUGCUGCUGGAGGAGUGCACUGAAAAACUGAAUCUGAACAUGGCUGCACGACGAGUGUUCUUGGCAGACGGCACAGAAGCACUAGAACCUAAAGACAUACCCCAUGAUGCCGACAUUUAUAUUUCAACUGGAGAGCCCUUUUUAGAUCCAUUCAAAAAAAUUAAAGACCAUCUGUCAUUAAUGAAGAAAGUAACUUGGACGAUGAAUGGUCUGGUUCUUUCUACUGGUGCCAAGAGAAGGAAAACCAAGCCUGUCCUGUCCAACCGCAUGAAGAAGCUUAUUAAGAAGUCCUCACUCAGGAUAUUGGUGUUUAAGAAUUGCUCAGGGCAGGAUGGCUAUGAGAUUAUUGCAGCACAGGACCAAAUUGAAAAGUUUUUAGAUGCUUGCACAAUAAGAAUGAAUCUUACUUCACCAGCAAAGCAUCUGUACAACAUUCAUGGAGCAAAAAUUGAAGAUCUCAUCAGUGUUCCUCUGCUUGACAAAUGCCUGCAAAAUUCCAUCACACCUUUGCGUGGACCUGUUUGGGUCUCUAAGGGAGAAGGUUUCAGCCCCUCAGGAGCAAAGAUGUAUAUCCAUGGAGUUCUUUUGGCCUUACACCAACGAUUAAAGUCUGCAAAAAACUAUUGCAAACAGAUGGAUUUUGCCAUUGAUGGUCAGAGAGGGGAAAUCACAGAAAAAGGCAUUCUUUCAAUGACAACAGAGGAAUUAUAUUUAGAGCAAGAAAAGGUGAACAAGCUCAUUGAGGAAUUGCAAGUGGCCAUCAAGAGCUACAAAGGUCACCUCUCAAAACUUGCCCCACAAUUACAGGCUGAGCAGGAGCAGUGUGCCUCUUAUGUCUACCAACACAUUAAAAGGCUUCCAGCAAACAUGGUUCUCCCACAAGGCUUGCAGCUAAAGGUGUAUGAAAAUGGCAAAGACACAGGGGAGAUCCUAGUUUAUAUCACCAAAAAAGAGAUGGAGAAUAACUGUAGGAAUCAACCCAGUGUUAUGAUGGAGAGGCUGCUGCAUAUGAUUCACGAAAAACUACAAUACUCAGCAGACUUCAAACCAACAGGCCUCAAUCUUAUUCCUGCCCGGCUUUUUAAUGAGAAAGGACAAGAAAUUAAAAACCCACUUUUACUGAAGAAUGAGCAAAAAAUUUGGGUUUCUUAUGGUAAAGAUUACAGGUCUCCCUUAAACCGUGUUCUAAGUUUGACCUUUGACAAAGUGACUGCCGCUGAAAAGGAUGGUAUCACAGUUAUUUAUAAAACUCUUCUGGAUCCUAAUGUUGAUCUGCUGCCUGGAUGUGACAAUUGGGAAGCUUGUACAGAAUUUCCAGGCAACUUCCAGUGCACAAACCACCAGACACUUCAAAACUUGGAAAAGGUGGACAUGGAUAGCCAUUUUAUACAGUACAAGGCCGAUCCACAGAUAGUUUUUCAUGUCUCUGUUGCCAUGGAUAAAAUGAGGAAGGCACUUCCCAGAAGAAUGGACUAUCGGGAUCUAAAAGUCCCAUCAACACUGUGGCCUCUGGCUAACAUGUGGUUAAUCACAAAGGCUGGAAUGAUUCUGAGUCGAGCUUUGGUACAGAGCUGUCUAGCUAUUGGUCAUCCAAUUAGAGUUGAGACAGAUGAUGGCAUAUCUCUGGAAGGAUACAAGUUAACAGUACAGAAAAGAGACAAAAGCAGCAUCUAUCAACACUGGGGUUUUGGAAAUGAUGGUUCUAUCUAUUGUAAGGCUUACCCUGAGUUUGUCCUGACCUACCUAGAGGAUGUAAGAGAGGAGGUGACCCAGAUGGAACACCACAUCCACCAUGGGGCCUGGUCUACAGCUCAUCAGGAGAUAGAGAGCAGCUCAGCAGAAGAGGUCACUGUACCAAGCCAGAGGCAGGUUCUGCAAAAAAAUGUCAACAACUCCAAUCAGAAACAACUUUCAGGACCUUUGGACGCCCAUUUAAUGCCUGCAGGUCCCCUAAGGGAGUCUAUGCAGCUGACAGUCGCACUGGUGAGGAAACUAGAAGAGAAACAUCCUAAGGCCUCAGCUCAAAGAUGGGCUAUAAAGCAUGAAGGGACAACUAAACCAGACCAGUGGAAACAUUCCAAAGUGGAGAAUCCGCUAUGGAAUAAGCUGACAUACAUGUGGCCUGUCCUUCCAAAUGGAGAACUUAAUGAGGAUUUUGACUGGCCAAUUGAGGGAUUGCUGGUUCCAAACAGUCCUUCACUUAAGAAACCAGCUGGCAGGAAGUCAGAUUGGUAUAUACCUGUGAGACUGAGGGCUUUGCACAAUGGAGACAGGGACAAAAGCAAGGCUAUCACCAUCAUUGGACCUGAUGUUACAAAUAUGCUAAACAGACAAAAUAUUCAUCCUGAAAAGAAACAGAAAACAAAGGAGAACCAGAAAAUGCACCCUGAUGAAGAGCCUGGAAUGGAAAUAUACAAGAUAGAAUUUCAGCACUUUUUGGACAAAUGUACUACCAUGUUGAAUUUACCUACUGCUGCUCGAAGAUUAUUCACUGAAAAAGGCGUGGAAGUCUUUCUUUUGAAAGACCUUGAGAGAGAUCAGCUGGUCUAUGUGUCAUGUGGAGAACCGUGGAUUGAUCCACACUUGACUAUGGCUCAGCACAAAAAACGUCUCCUACUCAGUAAUUUAGCGUCAGAUAUAUCUGCAAUUCAUGCCUACUGUAUCAUGCGUAACCCUGAAAUUCUAGUUUUAGGAGUAAGGAGCAAUAUUGCUGCUGGAGCCAAACUUUUUGUGGAUAGAUGUCUUGUGGCUUUUGAAGAAGAAAAACUAACUGAGGAGCUGCAGGAAAAUCAAACAGAAGAAAUGUUUCUGAAUAUAAAAGAUGAAGCAGAUCUUAAUUCACAUGCAAAAUCACAUCUUAAAACAGAUGCUUGGCAUAUGAAAUCCAAAUAUUCCUGGCAGGAAAGUUUCUCUGAUUUUCAUGAUGAUGACAGUUUUCCGAAGGACAGGGAUAAAGAAUUCUGUGAAAAUGUAGAGUUAUUUCAAAAGUACAGACCUCAACCAAAGCUGAAUUCAGAAUUGCAGAAGGCUCACCGUCAGCAGUUUGAGUAUAGAGACAAACAGAUUAUAAACUGUGCAUUUCCAGGGCUUGUUUUGGGGGUACAGGAUGCUAUUCUACAUGCUGGGACUGAAGUUGUUUUGGUGGAAAAGAAACCUGAUGAUACCAAUCAGUGCUGGAUAUGGAGAGAUCAUGACAGGACAUUUCAUUUGAUGAGUGAUCCAAAUCUAGUGCUAGCAGUGUCAAUGCCCAGCAUGCAGCCUAGAUAUUCAAAAUGUGCACUGGACAUGAAAGGGUGUGCUGUUGUUCUGCAGAAAUAUAAAGAAUACAGCAAUGGGGCUGCCAAUCAAAAGUGGCAUUACAUGGAAAAUGCAGGAGUAUUUAGUGCCUUUUACAGCACAGUACUGGAUCAAGAAAUCACAGCAGCAAAUCAUGCUUCUGUUUGCACAUUCUCUGUGACCAGUAGAGAAAAAAUAAACCAGCCAGGCUACUAUUUUCUUUCACCCAGUGGAAAGCAGAAGUUCAUGAUAUGCUUGGCUUGUGCAAGAGCCAUAAGAGGAAAGAAAGAACUGAAAAAAUUACCCACGGGUAGCAUGUUCUUCUGUGCCUCUGGCUCUGAGGAAGCAAAUAAUUUCUCCUUGGGACCUUUUAAGUGUGUUAAUGUGAUGAAGACUGCUUUAUCCACAUUGGAAGCCAAAAAUACCUUGAAUUAUUUAGAAGAAGUUCUAGCAUCUUUGCGGACCGAAACCUCCAUACAAACAAUCUCAGAAAAGAUCUCUGCAGCUAUGAACCAGAAAGCAGUGAAAAUAAUUGCAUACAGAAAUGGAGCUGGCUACCGAAAUGGUCAGUUAAUCAUUGCUAGCACAUUCCCUAUGCUGCUUACCAUGUGUACAAGACAACUUGAACUUACCAGGAAAGCCUGCAGACUAUAUACCAAUGAUGGAAUCCUAAUGCUUACCCUACCAGAUUUAGUCACAUGGGCUGUAAAUGAGUGUUUCAGACAAAGUGACUCAGAAGAAGACUACAAAGAGAGAACAGCAAUCACUGACAAUGCUGAAGGUGGGACUGCACUGGAUGUGGAAGAUAAGUACAUGAAGAAAGUGAAGAUAAAGUCAGAAUUAUCCUUGAUGACUCCAGACAGUUUGAAUAUGAUAGAUGAUUCUUUGCUCACCAUCAUCCUCAGAAAUCCUAUUGAGGUCUGGGUUUCCUGUGGAGAACCUUUUCUACCUUUGGAUGCUUUGCAAAAGGCAGCAAGGGAAGAGAAACAAAACUGGUUCGAGAAGGACAAAAUUUUGGCUGAUCUAAAUGCUAUGAAGCACAAAAUGAGACAGCUGCAAGGGCGACGAAUAACAGCCUUUAAACCAUCCACCUUGGUGCCCACAAAAAGCCUAGUUCAGCCUAUAGUAGUAGAAGGAGGCUGGACUGAAGAAACCCAAGAAGAGAUGAAACUCAUGGAAAAUAUACAACAUACCGAGACACACUUCUCAGAGGUUCAAGCAUCACAGUUCAAAAGAAGUUCUCCAUUUUCAUCUAAACUGCUGUCAUCCAAACACAGAUGUCUGUAUGAUCAACCAUCUGCAAAAAGAGUGUGGGCUUACCGGAAUGGUUAUAAACCCGAGCAAGGAGUUUAUGCCUGGGGAAAAACAAUGUCAGAGCUGCUGGAUAACUGCACCACCAGGCUAAAUAUGCAACAGCCUGCCAAGGCUCUGUAUACACCGGAUGGUGAGCCACUCCAGUCAUGGGAUGAAAUAGAGAGAGACAUGCUUCUGUGUGUUUCUGCUGGAAAUCCUUUUCUGAGCAGAAAAGCCAUCAAGCAGCAGGUGGAAGUUAGAGCUAUUUAUGCCAGAAUCCGAAAGCAGCAAGGUCCAGAUGCCACUAAUAUUGUUGUCGCUCCUUCAGAGAAACUUAAAGGACAGAAGGGAGGAAUUGCUUUGGCUGUCAGUAAACAAAUGAUUCCAGAAGAACAGUGAAAAAAUGUCAUCAGCAAAUUAUCUUUAUUUGUUUCAAGCUGACUGCAAUCUACUGGCGAAUUCUUCUGCACAAUUAAUCUGGUGUGACAUAAAAUGCAUUUCAGAAAUGCUGCAUUCUGAUGGCUCAUCUCCUGUAUACAAUGCACAGAUCUUGGGGAAUCAGUUACAGUGCUUGUGCAUGCAUGUGCAGUAACUGCUUUCCAAAAGUGCAUGGCAAUGUGUGCUCCAUGUCUAAGGAAAUAAUUAAGUAUUGUGGCUGUGGGCUAUGUAAAUUCCAUAGCUUUCAGAAUUAGUCCACAGUGUUGAGGGACUAUAAUUAGAAUGAAUUUUCAGAACCUAUUCUUGCAAAGGCUGUCUGCAGUGAUUUUGUAUUUGAAGGGAAAAGUUGCAGGGAUCUAUUCUAAAAUACAUAUAUGUAAUUUGGAGAACAAUCCUCAGUAGGAAAAAUAGCUUUAGCGUAUGACUAUAGGUGAAGUAAUUUACAUUGAAUUGAUUAAGAAUCAUAAUUAAACUUGUUUCUAAAGAUACUUGCUUUUGUAAUAUUCUGAAGUCCACUUUUUUAUCAAGAAUUAUCUAAAAAUAAACUGUGUUCUAAGCUUCUGCACUGGUUCCUUGCAGAAAUGAACAGCAGCAGAAAAAAGUGGCAGGCAAAACAUUUCACACACCAUAAUCUUCACAGGUAUCCCAAGUUCUUUGAAAGUGCUACUCCAUGAGCUAUACAAUCAGAUUUGCUUGUUGUUCUUCUUAAGACAAGUUACCACCAUUUUUAAUGCAUAAAGGCUGUCACUAUUUUGGGAAGAAAAUCUUUAUUAGGUGGAAAAGAGCCUAAUGUUGAACAUACACACACAAAAAGCCUUCACCUGACGCAGACACAUAGUACACCAAAAAAGAAAAUUAAUUAUUGAGCAAACCAGUGGAAAAUUGUUCUUCCCAAAAGAAAGAAGCUUAAGAGCCUACUCCAACACUCACUGAAGUCAAUGGUAGCCUUUCCAUUGUCUUCAGUCAGUAUUGUGUAAGAGCCUAAGUUAAUAUUCCUUGCUGUUGUAAAGUCAUUUAUUGUAGCUUUACACUGUCCCUUUCAGCCAAAGCUAACAACCUACUACUUUGGCCUUUGGGGAGGCGGGGGUCUAGCUAUGAGAUAGGCGGAGACUAAGACAGAUUUGUUGGUCAGAAUAAGAGUCACAAGAUAGCAGUAACCAAACAUAGGCAGACACUUACUGUAGAUGUCUAGAUCUUGUCCAGUGAUGAUCAUAGGUCAGGCUUGAUAAAUAUGGGUCAGUUUGCUGGGUAGCUCUGUCUGAACAAAUGUAAUUUCUACUACUUUUGUACUAUUUAACAGAUGACAUUGUUGCUAACAUUCACUGAGACAGCUUUAUGAGGCUCAAUGGUACUAUGUUUGCUCUUAUAUAAACACAUUGUCUUUCUUAUACUAAUUUAGCCAAAGAUUAGAUUUAAUCAGAGAUGUGUGGUAAAGAUUUAAGAGUAUUCUUGCUUAGACAGUUACAAAAUAAAAUUCAGUAGUCUUAUAAGAAAUUAUCCAUCAUCAUACAUAAAAACCUUUCUAAUUACAGAUAUAAGGGCAGAUCUUCACCUGAUGUAACUUUUUAAAGCUCCAGUGAAGUCAACUAUACUAUUACUGUAAACCUUGUUAUAAAAUCAAAUACAAAUAAAUCAGACUUUUAAUCACGUUGGUUGGCUGUUUCCCGGGAUUAGGUUUCUCUCUCUCUCUUCCAAGUAUUCAAGGUUCUUUUUCUCAGGUUCCUCUUCAGACUUCUGUCUUCUCUCCGGAUCAUCUCUGCUGUUAAAGCAUCUUUUUAAAGGCCAACAUUCACACCCUUUGUUUGUUUCCAAAACCCUUCUGCCUCUACUAACCUUCUGCUGGUCACAGUAAUUUUCUUUCCAGAACUUCAGCUUGUCACAUGUCCAUGCCAAAGCCACAUUUUCAAAACUAGGUGAAGCCUAGAGCUGUAAGUGGGUUAAGUGCAUUUCUCUGCCAAAAAAGAGUGGAAUUUUUGAGAACAAGAUUUAGCCAAGUGCUUGGUGUUCUGACUGGUUAUGAUGGUGCCAAUGGUUUACUAUUAUAAUUUUUGGAAAGAUAUCUGUGUUCACAUAGAGAAUCAUCAAGAGAUGCACUCCAGGGUUAAACGUCUAACCUACAUAGUUCAUGUUCUUAUUCAAAAGUAUGUUUGAAAUUUGUUCUCCAACAGAUUUAAUUAUGAGCUAAAUUCUGCUUGUUAGUGUUUUGAUUCUGCUUGUUAGGCACAGCCUGUUACAGGCUUCUUCUCAGAAUUCCCAAUUGCCGUAGCGGAAGUGAAUUGUUAGAUCCCUUUGAGCUGUGCAGCAUAUUCUUUCCCUCCUUGUGUGUGGCUGACCAGCAGAGUUAGCUGGCAUAUUGUGGGGCAGAGCCAUGGUAUACCAACUCCCCAUCACUAGUUGCUCCAAGCAACAUAGGUGAACAACUUGAGAACAGCUCGUGAUUCUGGAUGACCCUUAUCCAGGUAAUGCAAUGUAGGUGAGUCCUUAUUCUUUCCCCCACUGCAUGCCCAUGUAAGCAUGACCAUGAUCCAGCUUCAUAUUUGAAAGAUAGCAUAUGCAAAGGUAAGAACUAGAAUUAAAGUUAGUCCAAAAGUGAAACUUUAAAUCCAAAUCCCUUCAAAGUCUUGGUGAUCAAAUUCACCCCUUCAUCUUUGAUUCCAGUUAAGAGCCUAUUUUCCAAUUUAGAUUUGAUCAGAAUCCUGCAAAAAAUAGCUACAUUUUUAUUUCUUCCUCAGGCUGAUUCUGUGAUAUUUCCACCACCUAAAUCAUGAGAGGACAGUGUUCAAGAUUUUGGCAUCAUUGUAAAUCCUAGCCUUGAACCCAAAUCUUGAACUAUACCAUGGGUGAAAUCCUGGCUCCACUGAAAUCAAUGGGACUUUUGUCAUUGACAAAGAAGCCAGGAUUUUGACCCAUAUACUUAAUCCAGAUUCCAACCCAAACACUUCCUGCACACAUCUCUGAUUAGGACUAUAAUUAAACAGUGAGACAUGAAAUUGUUUCAGGAGUCUAGAUGCUGCAGUGGGAUAGUGUAUUAGCUUUUCAUCUCUGGAGAACAGGGUUCAAAAUCUAUUAAAGGUUGCAGACAAAAAUGAAUUGGGUUACACAGUUUGGUAAAAUUGCAUGAGAAGGAAUCUCUACUUAAAAGAACUCUAGGAGUGGAAAAAAGACAAGGUGCUUUGGCAAAGCUGUAUAAAGAAGUUUAAACAAUAAUUGCCAACCCAAUCCUAAAUUCUGGUUAAUAUCAGUAGUCACUUUCAUAAGUAUUACAUUCUUUUUUAAAACAAAUUCUACUGCAUGUUUUCUCCAUGAAAACAAUAGUGUUUUGAUUCUGCCACACCUACACUGAGUGGCAGAAUUGAAACCUACUCACCACCUUGGUUGUUAUCAACUGAUUUUGAAAACAGACUUGCACUGCACUAGAGGAAGAAUAGCCUCAUUACUUCCUUAUAAGACAUUUUUAGUGCAUUCUGGUUGAGUAAUUUUUAGGAUAGGUCUGAUAUAGCUUUCCUGAGUAUGUAAAAGCUUUGGCUAAAGACUAUAGCUCUUCUGAUUGUGUUAUUUAGUGUGAUUUAAACAGGCAUAAAUCAAUAGCUGAGAAAUGUCAUGUUUUCAUUAAAAUUGUUUGAUCUCAUUAGUUUAGAUUAUGGUUAAAAUAUAGAGGAUAUACUAGUAAAAUCAAUCAAAGGGGAGCAAAUAAGAAGUGCUUGUAAAGUCACUUGGAUUCCUAACAUGCUAGAUCUCAUUAUUAGAGGUACUUACAGAGAAAUAAUUUCCUACAGAAAAAUGCUAGACCCUAUGCCCACGGUGUUCUAUGGUGCAGAGAGCAGCAAGUGGACACUGAGCUAGAUUCUGACUUUUCUCAUACACCAGUUAAACCUCAUUAAAGUUUGUGGAGUUAUUCUAGUGUAACUGAGCAGAAUCUGGCCCGUUUUACAUUUGUUUGGUUUUAAACCUUUACUGAAAGAGGAUGGUUCCAAUACAAUGAAAUAUAAUCUUGAUUACCCAAAGGACUAGUGAAUCGGAUAGGCAAAAUAUUUCCUUAAGUGUUUUCCUUUUGCAAAACUUCCAAGCUUAAAAUCAGGAAAUAUAUUUUCUAUAAAGGAUGAGCAGGAAUAUGACUUUGGAUUUGGGAAAGGGAUAUGUUCUCUUUUAUUUAUAUACUCCUGCUUCCCAACAUUUUCCCCAUUCCUCAUUUCAAGGCCAUACCCACCUAGCAAUUUGUAUUCAUUACAGGCUGAUGUACUAAAGAUAGUUCUAUAGAAGAUAGAGGAAUUAAAAAUGCAUUUCAGUAUGGCACCUAAAUGAGAUGUUGGGAAAAUAUUUAGAUCCAAAGUCUGCCUAAAAUGUUGGUACAAUGAAAACCCAUUGAAAUCUUUGGGAGUCUCAUAUGCAUAACCAAGGGCAUAACUUGACUCUUAAUUUAAAAAUUAUUUUCUAAUUUAUUCACAUCAUUUAACUGAAAGUAAUUAAAGCCCAAAUUCAGGACACCAUUCCUACUAUGGAAAAAACUUAAGUACAUACUUAAAUCGUGUUGAAGUCAACUUAAGCAGGUGUUUACGUGCUUUCCUGAAUUGGGGUCUAAAUACUCAAUUCUUUGUGUUAAUUGAUCACUUAUAUGUUUAUACUUUUUAUUUUAUAAACCGUACGCAUUGUAGUAUGAUAAACCAUAAAUACUAUUUGCUCCUUGAUUAAUGAAAGAUAUUGAAACACAUCAUUUGACCCUUACUCACACAAAUAGUUCUUACUAACAUUACAAUUAUAUCGAAAUCCAUAAGAUAUUAGAGGAAAAGGCCCUUCACAUGUGAGCAAAAUGUUUCGGGGCUGGGUCCAAUACUAUUAAUGAAUGAAUGACUAUUGUAUUGGGGUGAUAUUUUUGAUACUUUACAACACUGUAUGUGUUUUGUGUAGCACUGUAGAAUUCCUUCUAUAUUUAUUGUAAAAUCUAAAAAUAGAUCUGUAUUUGCGUAUGUUUGUUUUUGCAAAUAUUGUAUAGGAUAGAUUAUUUUAAUUCAACUUUCAAAUGUAAUAAUUUUGUUACAAAAGUGAAUUCUAUGUUUUUGUUAUAUCGUGAUUACAUGAUUAUCAUCAGUGAUUAAAUCUGUCAUG